GAAAAAGAAAGAAAAGGAAAGUGAGAGAGUUGAAGUGCACAGAGAGGUGUGUCUCCUCCAAUAGCUCACAAAAUACCUUUAUUCCCAUCAAUCUCACCACUUCUGGUUAUCCAUUUUGAUCCCUCUUCAUCCCUCCACUCACUCCUUCCCCAUCUCCUCCUCCAAUUCCUCUCUCUAAAUCCCAGUCAGAACCAAUAAAACAAAAUUAACUCACACCCAUGGUGCAUUGAAACCCAACAAUAAAGGGUUCAUAGGGUUUGUUCCUACCACUGUUUUUGUGUAGCAAUUGACAUCUGCCCGUGUGACAAUAACCCCAAGUACGACCAAAAACACCCUCUUUUACUGUGUCUCUUAAGCUUAAAUAGCGAGUGAAAAGGUUAGCCACACCAUCAUGGACCGUGGCUUGAUCAUGUUCGAUCAUAACAACAACGACGACGACAACAACAACGAUAGCGAUAGCAACAACAAGAAGAUGUUUUUGCCUUACAAUGAUCAUGGUCAAAGUUGUAGAGCUAAACUUAUGGCUCAUCCGUUGUUUCCUCGUCUAUUGGCUUCCUAUGUGAAUUGUCAGAAGGUGGGUGCGCCGCCGGAUGUGGUGGCGAGGUUAGAACAGGCUUGUACGGUGGCUGCUGGGAAUUGUAGGACGGUGGGACGUGGGGAUGAUCCGGGGUUGGAUCAGUUCAUGGAGGCUUAUUGUGAGAUGUUGAGUAAAUAUGAACAAGAGCUUACUAAGCCUUUUAAAGAAGCUAUGGUGUUCUUUUCGAGGAUUGAGUCUCAGCUUAAAGCCCUAGCUGCUUCCUCUUCUUCUUCGGAUGGUUAUGAGCUGGUCGGGCAAAACGAGUGUUCGAAGGAGAUCGAGGUUGUCGAUAUGAACGAAAACUACAUCGACCCACAAGCCGAAGAGAAGGAACUCAAAGGCCAACUUCUACGCAAAUAUAGCGGAUACCUCGAUAGCCUAAAGCAAGAGUUUCUUAAGAAGAAGAAGAAUGGAAAGUUGCCAAAAGAAGCUCGGCAACAGCUGCUCGACUGGUGGAGUAGACACUACAAAUGGCCAUAUCCAUCGGAGUCGCAAAAGGUGGCGUUGGCGGAGUCGACGGGGCUGGACUUGAAGCAGAUCAAUAAUUGGUUCAUUAACCAAAGGAAGCGCCAUUGGAAGCCAUCGGAGGACAUGCAGUUUGUGGUGAUGGAUGCUGCUCAUCCACACUACUAUUUGGAUAAUCUUAUAUGCAAUCCAUUCUCUAUGGACUGUUCUUCCACUCUCUUCUGAUUACAUAUCAUUUUAAUGUCGGUGGUUUGUUUAUGUUCUAACUCAUGUUCAUUAUGUUUUGAAUUGUUCUACAUGUUGAACUCAAACCCUUUCUUCUUGAUUCUUGGUUUAGGGUUCUUGUAUCGUAUGUGUUUGUUUUAGUACUAAUUUAGCUCGGUUCACAUUGUUUAACUUUUCGAAGUUUUAUUUUUAAAGUACACUAGAAAAUCUCGUUCCUUGAUCA